AUGGCAUCCUCCGAUAUUAUCUCGUGUUUAUCAACACAAGUUCAACAACUGGACGCCAAUGGACUGGAAAGCUCCCACAACACCAAACAUAUCCAUCAGGCUCAUGAGAUACUUCGAAGCCAAGGGCUACUCAAGAUAAACUUGAAAUUUCGCGACGAAUCAAGCACCUAUCUCACACAACUGAUCUCAUCCCUGAACAGAAGCCACAACCAUGGGUUACCCAUCACCCAUAGCUCAACACGAGGCUGGUUCUGGGAUGUACGGCCUCAAUCUACGACAAGAAUCGCAAAGUCAUCCUCGAAUUCGAACCCUUGUUCCUCCCCGGACAAUUUGCCAGCACGGUCUGAAACAUCUGAAUCCUUCCCCUGGCACACAGAUUGCAGUUACGAAGAACGUCCACCUAGCUUCUUUGCGCUCCAAGUCCUCCACGCCGAUACCUGCGGAGGCGGUACUCUCUCCGUAAUGGAGCUAGCCCGCCUCCUGCCGCUGCUCUCAGCCACCGCGCGAAAAUAUCUGUCCAGGGCCGAAUACCGCAUUACAGUCCCACCGGAGUUCGUCAAGAGAGACGAUCAGCGAUCCAUUGUUGGUAGUGUUUUGACCAAUACGGGUGAUGGGCUGCGGUUCCGUGAAGAUAUCAUUACGCCGCUGACGACUAGCGGGGGCGAAGCGUUCGAGGAGCUGAAAAAUAUGUUGCGGAGCUCCGAGGCCAGAUCGCAGACGAUCUCACUUUCGCCGCUAUUGUUGCCGAGUGGAUCGAUUGUCUUGGUUGGGAAUCGUCGGUGGCUCCAUGCCAGGAACGAGGUGCGGGACCCGAAGAGACACUUGAGGAGAGUUCGUUGGGAUGCCAGACCAUUUGUGGAGUCACGGUAA